UAUUAUCGUUUUUUAUUUUAAGAUUUUUUUGUCACCUACUGCCGAAUUUUCUCUUGUUAGUUAUGUGUGGCUUGCUUGCUGUAUCUUUCUUCUACAUUCAUUCACCAGCUAACGGGAACAAACUUAAUCCCAACUGUCAAAAUACUCAUCAUAGCCGGCGAUCUCUAACCUCCGAUAACAAUGUCAUGGUUCUCUCGAUCAAUCUCCAACAACGACAGCAACUCCAUUGUUCCAUCUCCUACUGACAAUCCAAAAUUGGAAAAUCAGCAUCAAACAGACGAUCCAUUUUCAUCUUCGAAAUCGGAAAGCCAUGAGCAUCAAACAGACGAUCCAUUUUCAUCUUCAUCACGCGGCGUUAAAGAGGAUCUUUCGGAGCUGACGAAAACACUAACCAGUCAAUUUUGGGGUGUCGCUUCAUUUCUAGCUCCACCACCACAAUCCGAAACGUAUAAGCCGUUAGAUUCCUCCAACAACUCCAAAUCGGAUCCAGAAACGGAACAACCCGACCCGGACCUGCCGGGGAUUGUAGGUUUACAGACGGACUUUGCUGAAAUCAGUGGCAAGUUUAGGAGUGGAAUAUCUAUGCUGUCGAAUAAUAUUGGGGUGUCGGAAAUUACGAAAAUGGCCUCGAGUUUACUGCAAUUGGGACCGGAGGAAGAGGAGGAAGAAGUUGAUGGGGAGAAAGGUGCUGUUGGUGUUACGGAAGAAGUAGUGGCUUUCGUAAGGGACAUAGCGAUGAAUCCUGAGACUUGGUUGGAUUUCCCUUUGCCAGAAAAUGAAGAUAAUCAAGAUUUCUACUUAUCUGAUGCACAACAAGAGCAUGCAUUAGCUGUUGAACAACUUGCCCCAAGAUUGGCUGCUUUGAGGAUUGAGCUCUGCCCAAUUUACAUGAGUGAGACUUGCUUUUGGGAGAUCUACUUUGUACUUCUUCACCCUAGAUUGGGUAAACAUGAUGCUAGGCUUUUGUCAACACCGCAGGUUGUCAAAGCCAGGGCCUCAUUGGCCCAAGAGUUGCAUAAGAGGCGAAUAGAAGAAAACUGGUCAGAGAAGAGGACUCCCGAAUCAAAUGACAAUAAUAACCCUCGGCAUGAAAAGAUUGUCUCAGUGGUUGCCACUGCGAAUUCUGCACAUGUGGUUCAAGAGAUGUCUAGUGUGGAAUCAACCACUUCUACUGCAGUACCGGUCCCUGCUACUGAGAAGCAGCCUGUCCUUAAUAGUGAAAGCCAAGUUGUUGACAAACCAGUGGUUGAAGGAGGACUCGCUACCCAUAGUAAUGUCGGAAAGAAGUCUGUGAUUAGCACUGAAAUCGAAAUUGUUGACAAACCAGUGGUUGAAGGAGGUCUUAUUACUCAUAAUAAUGUUGAGAAACAGCCUGUGAUUAGCACUGGAAUCCAAGUUGUUGACAAGCCAGUAGUUGAAGGAGAUUUUAUUAUCUCUGAGAAACAGCCUAUGAUUAGCACUGGAAUCCAAAUAAUUGACAAGCCAGUGGUUGUAGGAAGUUUUAUUACCCCUCAUAAUGUUGAGAAACAACCCAUGAUUCACAGAGAUAUCCAAGUUGACAAACCUGUGGUUAAAGGAGGACUUGUUACCCAUAAAAAUGUUGAAAAAACAAAAUCUGUUUCGAGUAGUAAAUUGCAAGAGAGCGAUGAAGAUGAUGGUGAUGAUUGGUUAAAGGAAGAAACCUCAGAAACUGCAGGUGUUAGUAAGACCACCAUUCCUAUUGACAGUGAGGAGGAUGUAUCAUUUAGUGAUCUUGAAGAGGAGGACAAGGAUGUUCCUGCAAAAUCAAGAAAGUAAAUUACAGUACUGAUAAGGACUGUCAAGAUUGGGUUCAGUUGAGGAAAAGUUCCAUCAACUUGUCAAAAGUUUCCAACUCUCAUGGAUCCACCAAAGUAGAUAGCAAAGAGCCCAGCGACUGGCUGAAUGUUGAUGGCAUUGAGAUCGCUUGAUCCUAUGCAAGAUUUUGAACAUAGUUUGCCUCACACUCAUUUCUUUUGGUUUAAACUCUGCACUUUGCGCUCUGGGCUUAUUGUUAUAAAACUUUAAGUUUGUACAUAGAACACAAAAUGAAGAAUUACUAGUUAUUUGGAUAUUAGUUGGCAGUGGCGAAGGGGAUUCAACUGAAGCACCUGCGUUGGAAAAAUUUGAUGCGUAAAUAGGGUCUUCUCUUUUCUGCAUAUAUAAAUAUAUGUACUUUUGAAUCCCCUGGUGUACUUUGGGUUGCAAGCUUGAAGUUUUUUGUAUCCCCUUAUGAACAUUCUUGGUUCUACGACAGUUACCUUCAUUGUGUUAGAAAAUGUCUGAACACUUCAGUCUGGAUGCUAAAAGAUGAUGCAAUUCUGAUGUA